AUGCAACAGCAACUUAGCAGCAAACUGGAUCUGUGCUCGUUCCACCCAGAAAAUGAGCUUUCCUAUGAUCAAAUGCCAAAGGCUGGCACUAAAAAUGGACUCCUUCAUCAAUAUGAAUAUUCUCCAGGACCAGCGCUAGGAGGUGGUCUGGAUUCUGAACCUUACAACUACAUCAUGGUUGCUUUGUUAAAACAACAGUUGGAGGAGGAGGAAGAAAAUUUUUCAGGACCUCAAACUGAUGAAAAUCCAUUGAAUGCCAAUUCUGAGGAAGAAAUAGAAGAUGCACCAAAACAAAAGCUUUUUAAAAAGCAGAAGAAAAAGAAACAGAAACCAGCACAGAAUUAUGAUGAUAAUUUUAAUGAAAAUGGAACUGAAGAAGGAGUAAAGGUUGAAUCAGAAGAUACCAAUUUAAAUGAAGACUGUGCCAAAGAACUGGAAGGUAGUCCCCAAGCAAAUAGCAGUGUCACAGAGACUGUCCAACUCUGUGAUGAUCCAAAAAGUGAAGCUAAGAAUGCUCCUAAACCCAAAGGAAAGAAAGCCAAAGAUACGAAAAAAUCUGUUAAAGUACCUGCUGAACCACAGACAGUGAGUGAUGUUCUUAUCAGCUGUACAACCUGCCAUUGUGAAUUUCCAUCCCGGAAUAAACUUUUUGACCAUCUGAAAGCCACAGGCCAUGCAAGAGCACCUUCAUCAUAUUCUUUAGGCAGCGUAACAAGUAGUGGAAGCAAGAAAGAGAAACGUAAAAACAGAUAGAAAUUCUGCCAACACUUUUUCUCUUUGAUUGUCUCUAGAUUUUGAAACCAAAAACUGAACUGAAAUCAUCUAAAGAGUUAAAAUUUCAGUGAUCUGCAAUUUAUUGCAUUGUGGAAGAUUAUUUUUUAUCUUGUAAAAACAUUUUUUUGUUUAAUAUAUAUUUUUUAAACAUUUCAUUAGUGAUUGAAUUCUACUUUGCCAUCUGAAUUGACUUGAAUGUCUCAAAACAGGUAAAUGCUGUAAAAGUACGCAUUCUUGAUUUCUGUUGGCUCACGUGGACAGAAAUGUACAGGGAGAAUUAAAUUAUUUUAACACA